AGUUCCCAAGCCUAACUACACGCGGAACUUUUGAUCCUUAUCUAGUUUCGCCACACCGUAUUAGACCAUCUUUAUUGUAUACCCGAAGAAAUCCGAAUUUUACCGAUUGAUACUCCGCGUUUCUUCGUGAUUGCUUUCAAAGUGAUGUGCACUGGUGUCCUAAUGUCAAAAGUGUAGGAAGCGCAAAGCGUGGUUUUGUGGUUGUAAAACUUGUAAAGUUUAGUCUAUUAAUUACGUAAGAAAUUGAAGCAUUAAUACAAUGGGUAAAAAUAAGAAGACUCGUAAGGUUGUCAUGCAACGAUUUGCUCAGAUGAAGAAGAUGAUCAGUCUAAGCGAUCCCAGAAUUAAAGCAAAUCUGCGUGCGGCACCACGAAAAAAGAAACCAGAAGAUCUCACAGAAAUGAAAGUUAAGGAAGUACCACAACAAUCGUCAGCACUAUUCUUUCAAUACAACACUCAGUUGGGGCCACCCUAUCACAUUCUGAUUGAUACCAAUUUUAUAAACUUUUCUGUCAAAAAUAAGUUGGACAUUAUUCAAAAUAUGAUGGAUUGCUUAUAUGCGAAAUGCAUUCCAUAUAUAACUGAUUGUGUCAUGGGAGAGUUAGAGAAACUUGGACCAAAAUAUAAAAUUGCUUUAAAGAUCAUAAAAGAUUCAAGAUUUGAAAGACUACCUUGUAUGCAUAAAGGAACCUAUGCAGAUGACUGUAUCGUUAAUAGAGUAACUCAGCACAAAUGUUACAUAGUAGCAACCAAUGACAAAGACUUGAAAAGAAGAAUACGCAAAAUACCAGGUGUACCUAUAAUGUAUGUUUCUCAGCAUCGUUAUACGAUCGAGCGGAUGCCGGACGCUUAUGGAGCGCCAAAGAUAUAACAGCGAACCAAACGCAGCGCAAUCAUUUAAUGUAUCAUUAAUGAAUAAUAAAAUAUACCUUGUUAAGAA